AUGUCUUCAAAAAAACAGGUCAAACUCAGUCCUAGAAGGCUCGACGGUUUUGGUCUUACAGAUGGUGAGGCUAUUGAAAGGCUCUGGGCUUACCUUCGUGGGUUCUCUGCAAUUACUAAGGAGAUGUCUGCCAGUAGAAGAGUAGAUCUUUUGACAGACGCGCUUCUUCACUUAUCUCGAAGAAAUUUUAGCAAUGCAGUGACGUACGAUCCUGAAAUUGUUUGUCAGUGGGAGGCCAGAGAGAAGGAAAUUAUGUCAAGAGUCUACCCAGAACAUAAAGAAACCACGGAGAACUGGAAAGUGACGUACGUUCAAAAGCUACUGCAUUUUAAACAACUAAGUGCUACAUCAUUCGGAUGUUUUGAAGAAAACCAGGAGAUAAAAUCUGAAGAUUACUCAAUUCAUCAGAUGUCGAAAAAACUAUACCAGUAUAUUUUAAAAGAUAUUGAACGAAAGCAUUCUAUAAAAGAAAUAUGGAAACCUGGUCAUCCUAAUUUUGACGUCGUUGCAUUGCAAGUCAUACAAGGAAAACGAACAGAUACUAUCGGAGCUUUACAUAGACUUUCCAUAGAAAGGCAUUUGUUAAUAACAUUGAGAAAGAAGUAUGCAGAUGGUCAGAAAAUUGCCACUCGCUUGUCCAGGCAAAUCACCAAGAUCACGAACAAGAUGAAAUUAACAAUUGAGAAACACAAUGCUGCCAUUGAUUCUCUUCGUGAUUUUAUAAACAGUUUAACCGAUCGUCUGACAUUUGACAAAGCGAAAGAUCCUACAUCAGACCUUUAUGAGGGAUUUGAGUCUGGUGAGGAUGACAUUCUAGGGGAAGCCUCGGUCCCAGUAUACACAAAGAGGAAGGCUAUUGAAAUGUACUUAAUCCUAAAACGAUGUGACGAGGAAGAGAAACUUUUAAACUUGGAAAUAGAAAGGCUUCUAUUGUAUUACACCAAUCUUAGCUCAAAAAUUGAUGAAGCACUUGCCGAUAUUGGUGAUUUGAGUAGCGAUGAAUUCAUGCUUGGUUCAAAGCAUGAACUGAUAAGAUUUAAAACCAAAUUGCGGAAUGAGUUGUUCAGCUUGAAGAAAAGUUUUGAGCUUCCACUUGGAGAAACGUUUCUUCUCCAUGCUGAGAUUGUCAACUUAACCAAUGAUGUCAACAUUCCCAAUGAAUCUGAAAGCUCACCGUAUGAGGAAUCCGAUACUGAAGAUGAAAACAUCGGAGAGCUCUCAGAAGUGGACAGUGACAUUGAAUAGACGACAUAGCUACUAUUCGUAAACUAAUAGCUACUUUUUAUGUACUUAUUAUGUAAUUUAGUUGUUCACGUAUCUAGUAUAACUGAUAUCACGCAAA